AUGGGUAGUCAUGAUGUGCAGUUCACGAAAUAUUCAUUUUUUAAGGACUAUUUUUUACAACCUCUACAGCCCUUAUUUGUUUUUCUGAGUGACAUUGUAGUCGUUCGUUUACCUGCUGCUGGCGGCAAUGAAUUCUACAGGAUUCAUAUGCGCUCCUCCAAUGACUCCACUCAGACCAACAAACACAACACAACGGUCAGUGUCGGGAUCGCCUUUUCGCACGAAGGUCCGUGGCCUGACAGAGGUCCAAUGAUCAUGGGGAACCUGGUGUUGAAGAACAAAAAGGCCCGGUUUAUUGUCACCUAUAAACUGCUCCAAUACAAGUAUGAGACUCAUGUUUUGAUGAUUAUUUUGGGUUACCUGACUCAGGACAGGAAGACGCCACUACUUAUACAGUGCUGCGGUCGCUGUGCCAGGCCUGGAGCAGUAGCUCUAUGUGAGCCGGGCUCUGCUGCUGUGUGUGGGACUACUGAGUGAUGCAGAGUUACAGGUGCUACGCUCAGGUACACCCCCAACACUACGCUACAGUAUUGUGUCACAUGAUUUGACCUGUCUGCCUCCGGGUUGUAUUCAAUGUACAGUGUACAAAUCAUGCACAAUUUUGACAAGGUGGGAGAUACAUACUGAAUUUAUACUGUUUUCCAAGUUAUGUGUCGCUUUUUCACAUUUGUUCACUGGUUUUGUAAGAGUUGAUUGGUCGGUUCAUUCGUUUUCCAGUAUGUUGAUGCCAUUGGUUAAAAAAGUAAAGGUAAGCUGCAGUGUCCAACCAAAAAUAUAAGCUUGUUUUACUCCAUUGUUUGUAAACAAUAUCAUUUUACAAAAAAUUAUAUUUUGGUUGCAUAAAUAAUGAUUACCAAAUAUUACAAUGAAUGUGAAUAUGAAAUAUCAAAACCGAAUGGAAACCCCUUUUGAUAUUGGCAUUAAUUAACUUCAUAGUGAGACAUGGAAUAGUAAAAAAAAGUGUAUUUUGAAACACUGGAUGUUUGAAAUAUGAGUAGGUGAUUUGAGUCAUGCUUCUUCAGUAGUGGAAUACAUUAGCACAUGAAUGUUGGAAAUAAAUAUUGUGUGUAAAUACUGGAGUGAUGUAUGAUUGUUAAUAAAACA